GAAAAAUGUUUCGCCGCGACGAUGAAGUGAAAAAAGGCGGCGACGGGGCCAGGUCGAAGUCAUCCGUGGUCGAGGAGGCGAGGAAGAAGCGAGAGGAACGAGAGAAGAAGCGGCACACGGAGCGACAUGCAGUGGCGUUGCAGGCCAUGGUUCGAGGGCAUCACUCACGCAUGUUCCUGCUGCGGCAAUUGCGCGAGGACGUGGAUCGAAAAGUGCGCGACAUCGCCACUCUGCAACAAAUGCUUCAGAAGGCAUUUGUCGUACCUACUCCCGUCCUUCUAUCGAUAGUUCACGCUGCCCUGUUUGCAACCAAGUUGGGAGGAUCGAGUAAAGCGACGCUGGACACGGAAGAUGCAUCCCGCCUUGCGCAGGUCAUUGCAUUGCUCCAUUCCAACUGGACCCUCUCUGGCGACUCGUACCCCGCUGCGUUCGGGAGCAUGUCCAUUGCCACGUUGAAGCAAGUAUUCGCAUGUUGCUUUCAAAUCGGUCCCACCCACGGCGCCGCGCUCGAGUUUGUCGCAUCCCUCGUCGGGUGUGCUUCCAAGGAGGAGACGCCGUCCCCAUCAUCGUCGGCAGAGAUUUCAAUCCAACAUGUCGCGAUGAUGAAGAUUUUAAUCCACGAGACAUUUACCCCUGUUCAUCGACCGUGGUGGACGCAGCCCCUUGGUCAGUCGUUUACCAUGCACAUGCGUGGUGUGCUGACGAGUAAUAACUCGCCCGCCGAGAACACCAUCUCGUGGUGGCGCCUUCUGUUCCACCUCCUGGAGCAUGCAACAUCCAACGAGGACAAGCCUCCCAUCAUGACUGCCCUCCUUCACCACAUCCUCACAGUACCCGCCCUUGUGUUGCCGUCACCUUGGUCGGAGCAGCUACAUCGAUUCUGGCCAGAGAUACUCACCACACCAUUGGACCUACUGGCCAACUGUCCACCGUCUCCCAUCGCUGGCAUCCCACCCGCAGUGUUCUUGCUCGCCAAUGGCCUCACGCUGCGCCCUCCGUCCACGUCGCCCUGUCACAUGUUGCAGCACGACCUGGCGUGGUAUAGGCACCUGCUGGCGGUCCUGCCGGCCGAGUCGUACAGCGCAGAACCAUUGGCGUGGCUCCACGUGUCGGCUUCACACUCUGUCCCUGUCGUGUACCCAUCGGCGGUGGUGGCGCAAUUAAGAACCAUGUACGCCCAGAUGCGGCCAUGGUGUGGUGUGUGCUUUGCCGUGACAGUUCCAGGGCUGCGGAAGCCGCUGUCCACCGCCCCCCCCGCUCCCAUGUUUCCUCAGGCGGCCACGACCGAAGACCAGUUUGGGUUUGGGUACAUUGCCCAGCAAGGGUCAUUUUCCAUCUUGCGGCGGCUGUGGGCAAAGAGCACGUCCUCCAAGUGGAUGCAGCGCCUGGCGAAUCCGUUCAAGUCGUCCUCGUCCCACCGCCACCCGACGCCGCCGCCGCACCAUCAAGCCCCUCCGCACUCCCAGCAGGUCUGUGCGCCGCCGCCCUUUGACGCCGCCGCGUUCGUCUCGCUCGUCCAGUUGGUCGCGCUGUUUCUGUUCCGAUGGAACCCCUCGGACAAGAAGAACACGCCCGACUUGCUCAGCUUCCUCACGUUUUACAAAAUCGACGGGUUGUCUCUCGUCCACACGCUGUGGCUGUUCUUCCAGGAAACGUACGACGUCGACGCGAUUGCGCAGUCGUUGGCGUUGGGACAGGCGACUCCGGAAGACCCCGUCGCAUGCGUUUUGGUCGUGUUUGCAGUCACGUACCACAAUCUGCUGAUCGUUCUCGACGAUCACGAGAUGCACGACACUGGGUUUCCCGUGCCGCUGGGCCAAGUCGAACGCGUGAUUGUCUUGUUCAAGGGUGUGCUGUACCGUCAUUACUGGCUUGCAAAGGACCGCCACAACCAUCCGUUUGGCGAGUACGCCGUCGAAAGUGCCACGCGACUGCUGCAGUCCCUGUACAACCGCUGCGCGCGCCGCCCAUUUUGCAACGUCACGAGUUGGGUUGUGGGUGACUUGGACGGCGACGACGUGGUCGAACGUGUGUUGCACGACGACCAGAAAGCGGUCGCGCUGCUGCAGCACAUGCCGUACCUGCUGCCAUAUGCAGACCGCGUACGGUUGUUUCAAGCGUUGGUCAAACUCGACCGAGACCGAUACCAAGAGAAUGCGCCGCCGUGCCGCAUGACCAUUCGACGAGGGUACGUGUUGGAAGACGGGCUCACGAAACUCAACGCUCUCCGACGCGACCUCAAGAAGAAAGUGCAGGUGCAUUUUAUCAACGAAGCGGGGACCGAAGAAGUCGGGAUCGAUGCCGGGGGACUAUUCAAAGAGUUUUGGACCGAGUUGAGUCAGUUGGCGUUCGACCCGCAUUAUGGGCUGUUUCAGUGUUCAGACGUGGACCAUUUGCUGUUUCCAAACCCCUCGUCGUCGUUGAUCCACUCGAAUGACGUGCUCUUGUUCGAGUUCCUGGGACGUAUCCUGGGCAAAGCGUUGUUCGAGAACAUCGUCGUGCAGCCCAAGUUCUCCCGCUUCUUUCUCACCAAGUUGCUCGGCAAUCACAACCACAUCCACGACUUGCCAUCCCUGGACCCGCAACUGUACAAGAAUCUCAUGUUCCUCAAAACGUACGACGGCGACGUGUCUGACCUCGGCCUCACGUUUUCCAUCGGCCAAGACUGCUUUGGAGUGCACAAAGAAGUCGAGUUGGUGCCGGGGGGAAGCAGCGUGGGUGUGACUGGUGACAACCGAUACCGAUACAUCCACUUAGCGGCUCAUUACUACUUGAACGGCCAAAUCGCCCGCCAAAGCGCGGCGUUCGUCGCGGGGCUGCGGGAUGUCGUGGACGUCAAGAUGCUGCACAUGUUCAACGAGCCAGAGCUGCAAGUGCUCAUCUCUGGCACGACCAGUGCCUUUGACAUGGAGGUUCGUCUGUCAUGUCCAUCUUGAAUCAACGUGGAACGCGCCCCUGUAUCCCAUGUAGGACUUGAAAUCAGCGACGAGGUAUGCGGGGGGGUACUUUUCACAAGACAAGCGCAUAGGUUGGCUGUGGAAGGCCCUGGAGAGCUUCUCGCCGAGUGAGCGGGGGCUGUUCUUACGCUUCGUCACGUCAUGUCAACGCGCGCCGGUCCUGGGGUUCCACUCGUUGCACCCGCCAUUUUGUGUGCAGAAGAUCUCGAUUCGAAGCGAUGACGUCAAGCUCCCGUCUGCUGCCACGUGCUUCAACACGCUCAAGCUGCCCACGUACUCGAGCUACAAAGUGCUUCGAGAGAAGCUGCUAACGGCGAUCACGUCGGGCGCCGGGUUUGAGAUGACAUAGGAGGAUUACACUUGCCACAGCUAUUGUCGUGCUUGUCAAUAUAUAAUUGUUGCAUACUAGUAAGAAAUAUGAAGUAUUGAUUGCCG